CUGCGCCAAUUGAUGCAGACAGGGGAUGUCAGCUCAAGAAAUUACUUGAUUAUUUAAAGACAUUUGGCGAAAAUCUAAGCGACCCUCCGUGGAUUUGGAUUCCUAUUUACUCACAGACACUCUUGCUAACUGCAUUUAGACAUCUGAUAUUCAUUGGCGUGUAAAGGAAUCCGAAAACGACACUUGUGACACCGGAAAUAUGGCUACCGCCUCUCACCACUGGAACUUGGCCAACAUCGAUCGUAUGGAUGCUCUAAUAUAAUCAAACAACAAACAGGGGAUAUUAAGAGGAAUAUCAAUCAAAACCACCAUGGCAGGUGCAGGUGGCGAUGUCUGGCGCAUUACAGGAGAAGAUCGUGCAAAACAUGAUGCUCAGUUCUUCCAGCUUAAGCCUGUCAAUGGAUUUGUGUCUGGUGAACAAGCUAAAGGAUUCUUCCUUCAGUCAGGUCUGGAUAUGCAGAAACUAGGUCAAAUCUGGUCGCUGGCUGACAUGAACAAUGAUGGGAAAAUGGAUAAAAAAGAAUUUUCAAUUGCCAUGCAACUCAUCAAAAAGAAGUUGCAAGGAUACGAGCUACCAAAGACUCUGCCUGCCAGUAUUAAAGCAGACCCAUCUCCAGUCAUGGGGUCAUUUGGGAUGCAGCCAAUGGGAAUGCAGAUGGGCGGGGCUCCAGGGAUGGGGGCUCCUCCACCUAUGGGCAUGGGAAUGGGUAUGCCAGGGGCUCCCCCAAUGUCAAUGGCAAUGAUGCAGCCUGUAGCCUCACUUGGCUCGGGCACCAUGACAACAGGCUCAGUGGGGAUGCCCAUAAUGGCCAAUGGGGUCCCUCCAGUGGGUGGACAGCAGGGAUUUGUGGGAAUGGGAAUGCCGGCUCCAGGAGGUGUGGUCGACCCUAAGGCAGGGAUGAAGCCUGUUGGUGCUGUAAGCUGGGCCAUGCCGCAUCAGAACAAGUUGAAGUACACACAGCUCUUCUACUCACAUGACCGCAACAAGAGAGGCUAUCUCACAGGUGUGGAAGCAAGGUCUGUGCUGCUGCAGUCUCAUCUCCCUCAAGCCAUGCUGGCUCAGAUAUGGACCCUGUCUGAUGUUGACAAUGAUGGUAAGCUGACCAGUGAUGAGUUCUGUAUUGCCAUGCAUCUGUUGGAGAUGGUGAGGGGUGGACGCCCACUUCCUUCCAAGCUCCCAGCUGAGCUGUACCCAACUGGAGGCAAGGGGCAGCCAGGGGCAGUCCCACCUGGGGCACCAGGUGGAGUUGUACCUGCUCCAGUUGUAGCAACCCAGAAGGACAUGUUUGGUGACUUGUUGAGUAGUACAGGGAUGAGCAUGCCACCCCCACAACCAAUAGCACCAGUCCAGCCGGCAGCCAAUGGAGAUGCACAGCAGCAGGAUGACUUUACUUCACCUGUGACGUUUGAAGACAAACGAAAGAUGAACUUUGAUAAGGGUCAGGCAGAGCUGGAGAAGAGGCGUGCAAUGUUGCAGGAACAGCUGAAGAGGGAAGAAGAAGCCAGACUGGAGAAGGAGAGACAAGAACACGAGAAGAGGGAACGUAUCAGACAAGAGCAGGAACGCAAACGGCAACAUGAGUUGGAACGCCAGAUGGAGAAGCAGAGGCAGAUGGAGAGAGAGCGAGAGGAACAGAGACAGAAGAUGAUGGAACAGAGAGAGGCUGCGCGGCGUGAGCUGGAGCGACAGCGGCAGAUGGAAUGGGAGCGACAACGGAAGGAGCAGUUGUUGGCGGAGAAGGCACGAGAGAAUGAGCAUCUUGCCACGCUGAAGGCCCAAGGCAGCAACCUCAAGUGUGAGCUGGAGUCACUGGAUGGCAAGAAAACAGAGAUUGGUCAGAAAAUUACUCAAGUUCGGAGUGGUGUUACAGACUUUACUUCCAGUAUAGAAAAUAUGAGAACAUCAAGAGAUCAAACACUAGCAGAUAUUGACAGAUACCAAAAAGAAGUACAGGACCUUGGGCAAAUGCUGUCGCGACUUCAGCAAGAGAGAGAACAGUUCACAAUUCAAGUACAAACUAUACAAAGCACACCAAUGUCAGCAUAUGGACUCAGUGAAGUCCCAUCGUUCAUGAGUCGGUUGGAGGUCUCCGGCAGGAGUUCCUCGCCCACUCUGGACGGGGACCGAGACUCCAGGGAUUCCUGGGGUUCUGGUCCCUGCGCCACCCCGCCCCAUAGAGCGGAGGAGCCGGUUCUGUCUGUGCUUCCUCCCGUGUCUCGGGACCGGGGUUCGAGUGUCCUGUCAGUUUCCGAAGCUGAGAGUUCCUUGGGCUCUUCCCUUCCCGCGGCGUCUGUGGCUCGUCCUUCCACCUCAUCACAAGGAGAUCCCAAUUCUGACUCGGGCUCGGGUGCCGAGUCUGUGGAGGUUUGGGAGGUCGAGGAGUCUGAGGGUGCUUUCCACUUUUCAUCCCCUCUCCGGGAGGUUCGGCAAUGUAUUGCCCAGUGUCUUCCCCAAGCCGCAGUGCCGACAUGUCGCCCGGACUUGACUGAGUUCCACCUGCCGGGUGAGGCGUUUGCUCCUCGGCAGACUUCUCAGACACAGCACCGCAUCUUGCCCUCCCUGGUGCAGGACAUAAUGGAUCCUCUCCUGUCCGGUUCUCGCUUCAGGUUUGAUCUCCCUGAGCUAGUUAAGAGGUAUCAGCUGGUUGAUGAUUCUCUCUUCCUUGUGCUGGUGGUGGACAAGUGUGUAUUCACUUCGGUCGCCUUCGUGGGAGGCUCAGCUUCCUCGGGUGCAGCUCCGGCUGCCAAGCAAGGGCGGUUAGUACCACCGCUUGCCAAGUUGGGUGCCCCCUGCGGCAGGCAUACCGGACGUAUGAGGAAGUCUACCGGAAUGCCAUGCAGCAGCCCCAGGCGCCAGCGCAGACUUGGCUUCGUCUGCUGGGUCACAUGGCGGCUACCGUUUCUGUCAUGUGGCGGGCUCGGUCAUGUGUGUGUGUGUGUCAAUAUCGGACGCUGGUCUGAAGCCGAAGCCAGUCUUCACAUCAAUGUCUUAGAACUGAGAGCUGUGCAGUUGGUUUUCAAGCGCUUCUUGGAGCAUGUCUGGGGCCAGGUGCUGACACAUACCGCACUAGUGAUGCACAGUGUAGAGGCGAAGAAAACCAAUGUGCAAAGACUUCGCAAGGAGAUGGAGCGAAUAGAAAGGGAGACUGAAUCCAAGCUAACAGAGAUAGAUGCAAGCAAUGCUCAAUUAAAGAAUUCCUCUGUUGAGAUAACCCGACUGCAGCAAGAGGUUCAGUCUAUCCAACAACAGCAGAAACUGCGACAGUCAGAGGCCCAGAAAAAACAGCGGCAACAAGAGCAAGAAGACCAGCUCCGCCAAAAGUCAGAGAAGGAAAAACAGGAUAAGCUCAAGAAAGACCUUGAGGCUCAGAGACUCAGGGAACAGGAAUCAAAUAAAACUGCUGAAGGUUCAUGGGCUGACUUUGGAAGUACUGGUGCUAACACAGCAUCCGAGUCAGCAUGGGGUAAUGCUUUCCCAGCAACUGAUUCCAAGCCAUCAUCACAAAGUGCUUGGGGCUCAGAUCCAUUUUCUAGUCAAAAGUCAGGCGGAAAGAAAAGAUACAGAAGUUUAUUUGCGUUUGAGGCAAGGAGUGUUGAUGAACUAUCACUUAACAUCGGAGAUUUUGUGAUAAUCCCCGACGACCAGGGUGCCACAGUAGAGGGCAUGGAGGAGUGGUACAAGGGGGAGAAGGAUGGACAUUCAGGCUGGUUCCCCAAAGCCUAUGUGGAACUAUGUGAUGACCAAUCUAGUCUGGGCGGUGCAAUAGAUAAAAAUAAUUUCAGUGCAUUCUCUGAGAAGACUGCUGAAUCAGCUUGUGUAGAAGACAUGAGCCAGGAGACUGUCGAUGCCCCCAACCUGCUGCCCACAUCCACAGACUCCCCAUUCACUGCUGUAUCACCAACACCAGGACAGGGACAGGAGGCACCAGAAGGUUUGAUGGCUAAGGCAACCUACCCCUGGAAGGCAAGACAGGACAACCACCUCACAUUCAACAAAGAUGAUGUCAUCACGGUCAAGGAGCAACAAGACAUGUGGUGGCUGGGGGAGCUCAACGGAAAGAGUGGAUGGUUCCCUAAGGCAUAUGUGAAGCUUGUUAGUGUUGGCUCAUCCAAAAAUAGCUCAGCAACACCAAGUCCAUUCAGCACAUUGGAGAGAAAUGGAAGCGCUCGGUCUUCGCCAGCUCCUGAGAAAAAAGAUGGAGAAUACUAUGUUGCCAUGUUCAGUUACACCUCCGAUCAGGAGUCCGACCUGAUAUUUAACGAAGGUGACAUGAUCCUGGUGACCAUUGUGGAGGGCGACUGGUGGUCAGGAAGUAUUGGUGACAAGACAGGUGUCUUCCCUGCGAACUAUGUCAAGAAGAUGGACAUACAGCCCGACUGGGAUGACACUCCGCCUCCACCUCUUCCACCAGACUACCCACCCUGUCCCACAACAGGGGGUGGGACAAGCACCACACAGUCAGACAGUCUCUUCACUGGGCUAGAUCUCCAGUCUGGAAAGACAAGCACCACUCAGUCAGAUAGCCUCUUCAGUGGGCUGGAUUUCCAAUCUGGAAGCACAAGCAUGAUGCAGUCAGAUAAUUUGUUUAGUGGAAUGGACUUGCAGGCUGGCUUCACAAACACAACUCCAAACAUAGAAGGACAGGAUCAAAGUCUCGGAACAGGCAUGGAUUGGGGAAUAAGUGGCCCUGAAGAGAAGUCUGGAUUAUCUGGUACAGCUGAUCCAUUUGCAGGCCUAGACUGGGGAGGUGGAUCAACAUCAGACCUUCCUGCUGGCCAUGAUGAUGCAACUGAUGAAACUCCUGCAAUAAGUAGCGAGCCUGGCUUGUCGUCACUUCUGGACCCUCUAGGAUCAGGAAGUGGUCUCCUCCCGACAGACACCUCUCUGAGACCAAGUGGCAGCAGCAAUUCCCUGGACCUGUUGGCUGACUUAGACCCCAUGUCCCCAUCUCUUUCCCCAGCAGUUUCUCCUGCAAUGAACAUAUCUAGCCAAGAUGCUCCUGAUCCAUUUGGCGACAUGUUGAAUAUACAAGAAACACCCUCCUUUGACUUAGCAAGCAUGGAAGCUGACAGCCUGCCUCCCAUACCAGUAGAACUGACAGACCCUGACAUCUUGGAAACUGUGUCAUUUAGUGGACCUGAAGAAUAUUGUGAUGAUGUGUACGAGGAUGUUGCACAGACUGGUGCCAACACAGGGCCAAAGUCUCCAACACCUACUAUCACUAUCACUGACACAGAGGAUGGGAAAACAACAUUGAUGAAUCAAUCAAACAAACCUCCACGUCCUCCUCCGCCAGGACAGAAAAUUGCCAAGAAACCAGAGAUUGCAAUUGUGAUAGCACCCUACUUGGCUACUGGCAACGGCCAGCUGUCCCUGGAGACUGGCAAUAUGAUCCAGGUGCGGCAGAAGAGUCCACGUGGCUGGUGGGAAGGAGAGUUACAGGCCAGAGGUCAGAAGAAGAAGAUAGGCUGGUUCCCUGCUAACUAUGUGAAGCUUUUGGGUUCCUCCAGUGCAAGAUCUACACCAGACAGGCAGCCAAUGUCUGUCACUCCAACACCUCAACUUUCAGUGCAAUCUACAACAGGAGGUGGAAGUCGGUCAGAGACCCCUCAGUCUACAUCGAGCCAGUCAUCACAACCAGCGCCUGCAGCUGUUCCUGCUACAGCAGCAGAGCAGGUGAUAGCUCUCUACGCUUAUGCUGCUCAGAAUGCUGAUGAGCUUACAUUCCAGAAGGAGGAUGUGAUUACAGUGUUGAACAAAGACAACCCUGACUGGUGGCAAGGAGAGCUUGAUGGCAAGACAGGCGUGUUCCCUGCAAACUACGUCACCCCACACAGCACAGCAUCAUCUGAGGACAAGCACCGACAGAACUACAUCAAUGAGCUGAUCAGCACAGAGGAGUCGUACAUGGCGGACAUGUCCAUCGUGUCCGAGGCUUUCAUCCAGCCACUGCGGAACGCCAAGGUUCUGACAGAGGAGGAGCUACACAACGUCUUCGUCAACUGGAGUGAACUGAUAGUCUGUAAUAUGAAGCUACUGAAUGGUUUGAAGGUUCGGAAGAAGAUGUCAGGGAAAGGCAAACCCAUCUCAAUGAUAGGGGAUAUCCUGUGUGAAAAUCUUCCCCACAUGACCGUCUACGUCCGAUUCUGCAGCUGCCAGCUGUCUGCAGCCGCUCUCAUACAGAGGAAGACGGAACAGAGCCCUGAAUUUGUGGAGACUCACAAGAGGUGUCUACAUGAUCCCAGGACAAAGAACAUGCCUCUCAGUAGCUUCCUGUUAAAGCCUAUGCAGAGAAUAACCAAAUACCCCCUCAUGAUCAAGGAGAUCUUAAAAUACACCCCUCCUGAGCACCCUGACCACCAGAAUCUAGUGGAUGCUCUCGCCAAGGCAGAGGAGUUGUGCAGUCAGGUCAAUGAAGGGGUUCGGGAGAAGGAAAACUCUGAGAGGUUGGAAUGGUUACAGAAUCAUGUCCAGUGUGAUGGUCUGUCUGAGAGAAUAAUAUUUAAUGGAGUUACUAACUGCCUAGGAAGAAGAAGACUUCUACACUCUGGUGUCCUUUACAAAACUAAAAGUAACAAGGAACUGUUGUGUUUCCUCUUCAACGACUUCCUGCUGCUCACACUGCCGUCCCGGCCGCUGGGCAGCAACUCCUCACUCCGCUACAUCUGUGAUCCCAAGUCUACACUCAACUUUAAAAUGUACAAAACGCCUAUUGUGUUGAACGAGGCAAUCCUCAUCAAGUCCAAUGACACGGACAGUGACCCCUGUCAGUUCCAGAUCAGAUAUGACUUCGACAGAGUUCUCAAUCUCAAAGCAGUCACUGAAACAGAAAAGGAUCUAUGGAUCCGUGAGAUUGAAGGAGCAUCAAGACAGUAUCUAGAUACAGAAAAAAAGAAGAAGGAGCGUCAGCACUCAAUAGCUCAACUUCGCUCCCGCCCGGUUGGACGGCUGCUUGUCAUCAUCCUGGAGGGCGUUGGCCUCAAGUCCACGAGCGACGGUGUGCGCAAGUCCCCUGGGGUUGGCAGGCUGCUCGUCGUCAUACAGGAAGCUGUUAACCUCCGAGCCAGCGACAAUAAUGGUAAGAGUGACCCGUACUGCGAGGUGAGCAUGGGGAGCCAGGAGCACCGAACCAAGGUCAUCCAGGGCACGCUCAACCCAAAGUGGAACCACUCAAUGCAAUUCAUCAUCAAGGAUCUGGAGGAGGAUGUCCUCUGCCUCACUGUGUACGACCGGGACAUCUUCUCCCCAAAUGACUUCCUAGGACGGACAGAGAUACAGGUGAAAGAGGUGUACUAUAGCAGUAUGAGUCGGAAAGGGCCGAUCACAAAGAAGCUCCCUCUGUAUGAAGUUAAUUCAGGGGAGGUAAUAGUGAAGCUAGAUCUCCAGCUGUACAAUAGCUGAAAGUCCCUGGUGGACACAACAGUGUUUUAGUGAUACAGAAUUUUAUACAGUAUAUCAGACCCCCGGAGAACAGAGAGGGUCUAACCUAGAAAGUAGACCUGUCAGGUAGCCUACCAGUAGAUCACAUCGACAAACCUGUAGCGUCAAGGGUCUGGUGUGCCAUGGGAGAAUGAAAUAAUACCAAGAGCGUUUCCCCAGGUUAUUUUAAUCUUCUUCUUCACAAGAUUAAGAAGUUUUGUUGGAUCCUGUUUAUCAUCGGUGCAGUGAGCACCUGUGCGAUCAAUCUUACCAUCAGUUGGACAGAACAGCUUCUUUGCUCACUUUCUGUGCUGCAAACUCAAGGACAUCAGUUUUUAUUUUAUUUGAUUGUUGUUAUCAAUAUGAUGAUAGUAACCCCUUUAGUCAUCAUAAUCGCCAUCAUCAUCAUCAUUUUCAUCAUCACCAUCAUCAUCAUCAAUAACCUGUUUUCUCUCAUUGUACAUUUUAAUGGUCACAUGCUCUUAAUAUGAGGAUGGUAUUAUCUGUAUCAUUUUCAUCAUUGUCAUGGUCAUCUUCAUUAUCAUCAUCACCAUCAUCAUCAUUAUCAUCAUCACCAUCAUGAAACCACAUUACCUGUACAUGUCACCGCUGCAUCCUGUCUUUGGCUACAGUACUGCUGGACUAAACAUCAGCAGGGCCUCACGCUACAGAGUUACUACCCUUCCCUGUUUGUCUCACAGGUCUAAGUGUCCCUACCCAACACAUGCAUGAAUACUAGGUUUGAAAUACAAAAUAUUUGCUGCAAGUAGCAGAUGGUAUAUUUACUGAGACACAAAUAAAGGUGGUCCUUUGGUGGUACAUUUUUUUUUGUGGCAGUUACAUGUAUAUAUAUGCAAAUUUUUUUUUGGGUUGGACAUCAUAAACAGGAUCAAAUUAAUCUGGAAACUGUUAUGUCAAUACCUCACUGAGACGAUUAGUGGAUUAACUCAACAGUAGGCAUGGCUACAGUUUCAGUUGUGUGGUGGGUACCAGGUAGUAUUAGGACAACUUACAAUUAGUUGCAGAGUACUGAUCCUAGAGGAUACACAUCUCAAAAAGGCCUGACUGUAAAAUACUGCAAUAUACAGUAAUAGUGACAAAUAGUUGCAGUAGAUCUCUAUGUAUACUCUUUGUCAAACAAAACAGGUGCUCUUUAUACAGACCAAUGUAAACAUUUAAUAUUCUGUUUCAAGUUAACCGGUAGAAAAACAGCAAAAUGUGAUUUGUGAAAAGUUAGUUUGGUGGGAAAACAUAAUUUGCUGGAAUUGUACUUGAUGUGUCAUUGUGGUCGAAAGUGUUCUUCAGCACAUUUCUGUUUUGACAAUAUUCAAAAUUGUAAGUUUCAUUGUUCAUUAAAUGUGUCAAAUAGUUUUCCUAGUCAUAUAUAUAUAUAUUCAAGUUAUCAUCCUCAUUCAUUGCUAUCAUGUAAGGACGGAAAGCCUAUUUGCUGGACCACAAUUCACUGUGCAGAGUUGCCUCCCUCAGACAUGCUAGAAACCUAGCAUCACAGGUUCAAGUCCAGAUGUUCCAUGGUUCUGUUUCUAGGUUAGUCAGCCCUAUACUUGUACUAGUGGGUUUCACCAAACAAUCUUAACACUACAAACAAUCUUAACACUACAAACAGUCAUAAGUCUCUGUUAUCAGUACGAUCAUCUUGGCUAUGAUCAUGUAAAAGGGCAUUGGGGACAGGUAGCGCAUUUCUGAUUGUGCCGACAUCAUUUCUGUAGCACAAACCUUCCUACAUUCUACUUAUGUUAUUCCUAUCAGUGUGUUUGUCCUAUUUAUAUUUUCUGAUCCUAAAUUUGGAUAAUUACAGUUAUAAUCUCAGAAAGUGAAUUUCUAUGUGCACUCUGUUAUGUUAUUUUAUUGGCCUAUGAAUGCAAUCAAAAUCAUUUUUCUGUUCUCAUUGUCAUCAUCAUCAACAUCAUUGUCACCAAUAUCUUGUUACCUGAUGAUCAUCUCCACUGUUUAAUUGUCAAGUUCAUAUUAAUUAUUCCUAUUGUCAAUGCUUUUUGUCAAAACUUUAAUGGGAAGUUGUAUAAAUGUAGUUUUUGUCCUGCCCCUGAAUUCACUUGGUUUUAAACCACAUCAGAGCUAGGACAGUCAACCAUGAUUUUCUUUUUUUAAAUGUGAUGUAAUUUAUAACUGAGGUUAAAGGUGGUCCAUUUUUCUGUGGCAUCGCAAUUCACCUUCAACCAUGCCAGGAUCCAAGGUUCUUGUAUUUUUUAGCCAAAGCAAAAUACUAAAGUUAUGAAGUUAUAAAC